GUUUACCCCUUUGCAAAAGGCAUUCAUUCCUUCAUAAACAUCGUCUGAACCUAAUAACCUUCCCCAGUUUUGCUUUUCUUGCUUGCUUCACCUGCUGUGAGCUCAACAACAACCAAUGGAAGAUUUAGUCAGUAGCCCAUCUUUCAGGAGCGUCCUUAGCUGUAGUGAAGGGCAGGCUCAGUCAGGAGAGAGUUCUUGGACGGAUUACUUUGUGGAUUUCAUGUUAUCCGAGGAGGAGAGGAAGAGACAAGCAGAUGCUGGUUCAUACUGCGCCACCGAAGACGAAGGCAAAAAUGAUGGUGAUGAUGGAAGCUGCCGUGAGGAGGAAGAAGAGGAGGAUUCCAUGAUCUCUGAUGCCGCCUCUCAUGCCCCAUGGCCUACUGCAGCACUGCUGCCUGGCAGGUACAAGGAGUUGAAGAAGCUCAAGAAGAAGCCUUUCAGCAAGGCCCUGGAUCAUGAUGGUUCCCUUGAGGAUACUGCAAGCUCUCCAGUGAAUAGCCCAAAGGUCAGUGUUGUGUCACAGCUGGAAUUGAGUCCUAAAAGGAGGUGCAACAUCAGGGACCUCACCAAGGAAGUUGGAAUUGGCGAUGAUCACGGAGGAGAGGGGAUGGACUGUACAGAUGCAGCCAUGGAAGGAGCGAGAUUUGGUGAUCAGAGUCAGACAAGUAUAGCUCCAUGUGCAGACCUCAAGGACAAGGGGAUUUGUUUGUUCCCCAUUUCCGUCCUGCUACACUACCAUGGGCCAAACUGAGAAAAAUCAAUGUAUGAUGAAUGAACAGCAUAUGUAGUGUUUCACAACUUACACUCUAUGCAUGUGUGGGGAUAAAUGCCAAAAAAAUGUGAUAAUGUGGAUAUGCUUUUUCUUAUGAAGAUAUGUGAAUAUUACUAUAUAUAUUACUAUUACUGGUA